AAACCACAAACAGCACUGCACAUCGAGCUGCCACCUCAUUUGUGUGUGUAGCGAGGCAUGAUGUGGAUUUUACUGAUGCUUGUCACGUUUUUGUCCUCUGUCACCUGGGCUCAUGCACAUAACUGUGAGACUGUCAUCAGUGAUUGUCAAGAAAAUGAUUCCUGGACAAGGUGCUUUGAAGACAGAAUAGGGAGCUGCAGACAAAGACUACGCAAGCUUGAUUUCUUUCGUACUAAUGUGAAAUCGUCUGAAGUGGCUGAGGUGGGAAUUAUUGGUCACAGUGUUCACAUCCCAUCGUCAGCCCUUCAGAUGAGCCGAGGCCAUGCGUCUGAAGAGGAGGUACUGCUGGUGGUCACACUGGUCAACAGCACUUACUUUAAGCCAACUCGUCCUCGUGGAAGAGGUAGAAAGAUCGAACCACCCCCACCUGCCCAAUCUGGAUUUAUUCUGAGGGAAACAGUGUUAGUGGUGAGGGCAGGGAACAUCCCAGUGAAAAACCUAUCACAACCAGUUAAACUGAUCUUCAAACACAACAAGCUGGUGCCGAAUGGGGUCUGUGUCUUUUGGCAGGAGUCAGAGGGUGUACCAAGUAACUGGAGCACGGAGGGCUGUGACACUACCAUUGUCGGAACUGACUACAUUUGUAGCUGCAACCAUCUGAGCUUUUUUGCAGUGCUUGUGAACCCCAUUUUAACAGUGGAUACAAGAAGUGCUGAGAAAAUUAGCUAUAUCAACUACAUUGGAUCAGCACUUUCUGUGUUCUUCACAGCUGUCACCUUGAUCAUCUACAUAUUCUUACAGCGACGGCGUCCAGAGAAGGCCAUUGGUGUGCACAUCCAGCUGACGUUAGCACUCUUCUGCCUUCAUCUCAUCUACCUGCUGUCCAGCCUGACAGUGACUGAAGAUGGUCGGAUUUGCAAGGCCCUGGGGCUCGUGUUGCACUGGUCUCUGCUUGCCACCUUCACCUGGACAGUUCUGGAGGGAUUCCACCUCUACCUCCUCCUGGUCCGAGUCUUUAACAUCUACGUCCGAAGAUACCUGCUCAAACUCAGCCUGGUGGGAUGGGGUAUUCCUACGCUGGUCGUGACGGUGUGUGGGAUUUUAGGAGUUUAUGGUAGAUUCACUGUAAACCUGAGUGAUGAUAACACACCAUCCCAGAAGUCCAGUCCAGAUUUAAUAGGACAGAUAUGCUGGGUAAGCAGCCAGUUCCCACAGAAGCUCCUAGUCAUCUUCAUCACGGCUGUAGCCUUCCCAUGCCUGGUGAUUCUAUAUAACUCUUGCAUGCUGGGAGUGGUGUUGUUCAAGAUGUGGGGGUUAAGAAAGGGUGAUGGGGCCUUUGGAGGUGACAGCAGCUGGAAGAAGAUAGACAAACAGAGACGGAGCAGAUUAUGGAAGGAUGCCACGACAGUGCUGGGCCUCAGCUGUGUGCUAGGGUUACCGUGGGGGUUAGCCGCCACAACUUAUUUCAGCUCCAACAUCCUUCCUGGCGUGUACAUCUUCACUGUACUGAACUCCCUACAGGGUGUUUUUAUGUUCCUGUGGUGUCUCGCCUUGAGCUGUAAAUCACAAUCUAACAAUAACUCUUCAGUCAGGGACCCCUCCUCUCAGAGAAUGAUGGAUACCAGUUUUUAAUAACUGAUACUCAAAGCUAGAACAAGUAUAUUAUCCAUUGCCUAUAUUAGGUGUUUACAGUCCAUUAGCCCCAAUCAUGUACAAAUCUGACAGUUUUAUUUGGUGAUUUUUUAUUUUUUUACUGCCUCUUUAAAUAAAGAUUAUCAUACACAAUGAA